AUGGCGGGACCUGACCAAGCAGCAAAGCAGUCGAGUGAAGUAUUGUGCCAGCGGCGAUCGUUAGGGAUAUGUCCUGUGAGAGCAGCAGCGGUUGGAUUUGUGAUAAUCGGUGGACUUGGCUACAUGGUUUUGUACAGUAAGAAGAAGCCAGAAGCUUCAGCAGGUGACGUUGCUAAAGUGAUAUCAGGUGUUGCUGGUACUCCGGAGAAUACUCGUCCUCCUAAUUAA